CAAGUAUUACAUUCGUUUUAUUUACCGAGAUGCAAAAUCUACGAACAACCACCGUAGCUUGUCUAGAGAGACAGUAACAUGCUCCGGUAGCACCGUCUAUCACAAUUUUUUGUUCGAAAGCCGAAACCCGUUUAUUAUCUAACCCGACCCGCUUUCAAUCUCUCUUAUAAAACCCUCUCUUACAUCCUCAAUUUCUCAUCCUUCAUUUCGCACGCAAACCCGAUCCUAGUUUCAACUAAUUCAUUCAUAGUUUUCACAAUCGCAUCACAAUUUUCGAUUCCUUCUCCGCCACAGCGUAAUCGUCGCAAUUCACCAUGGGUUACGAAGACAAUCCGUAUCGCGAUGAAGACGGCGAACCGUUGAUGGACUACAACGAUGUACAAUCUGACGGCGAAGCGACACCGGAGCCGCAACAGCUUGACGAUUUCGAGGAGGAAGAUGUUGACGAUUGGCGUGGUAGAGAGAGGUCACAAACUCCGGUCCACGACGCCGAUUCGUCGAAAUCGAAGCCGAGGAAGAGGCUGAUUAAAAAGAGCGAUACCGGGAAACAGUCGGGGAAGCUGUCGGUUGCACCGGAGCUUGAAGAUGAGUUGGAGGAGGACGGUUAUCCGGCGAUGGAUGAUGAGGGGGAAGGGAGGAAGAGGAAGAAAGAGAAGGAAAGUGGAUCUGGGAAGAAGGAAAAGAGGCUGAAAGGGGAAAAGAGGUAUGGUGAAAGUAGCGGUGGAAAGAGUGGGUCUAAAUUUGGGGGUUCAAAGAAAGGGUUUGCUGGGAAGGCUGGGAAUGAUCAUGAGGGUGAAGUUAAGGAGAUGUGGGAUACAAUUGCUGGAGGGGAUUCUGAGGAUGAUCAUGAGGGUAACAGGAAUAUGGAUGAUGAUAACUUUAUAGAUGACACUGGAGUAGAACCUGCUUUAUAUGGUUAUGAUGAACCACGAUCUCCUGGUGAUGCUCCUCAGGCAGAGGAAGGUGAGGAGGAUGAUGAAGUUAAGGAUCUUUUCAAAGUGGGUAGGAAAAAGAAGAAGAAUGAGAGGAGUCCUGCAGAAAUCGCUUUAUUAGUUGAAAAUGUCAUGGCUGAGCUUGAGAUUACUGCAGAAGAGGAUGCUGAACUGAAUAGACAGUUUAAGCCCGCUAUUAAUAAACUCAAGAAGUUGCCUCUUCUCCAAGAAGUCCUCUCAAAGAAGCAGCUUCAACUCGAGUUUCUAGAUCAUGGAGUGCUUACUUUAUUGAAGAAUUGGCUUGAGCCACUUCCUGAUGGAAGUCUGCCAAAUAUUAACAUAAGAACAGCAAUUUUGAAGAUUUUGAAUGAUUUUCCCAUAGACCUAGAGCAUUUUGAUAGAAGAGAACAGCUGAAGAGGAGUGGUCUUGGAAAGGUGAUUAUGUUUUUAUCAAGGUCCGACGAAGAAAUCAAUGUAAAUAGGAAAUUAGCCAAAGAUUUGGUUGAUAAAUGGAGCCGACCUAUUUUUAAUAAAAGUACUCGGUUUGAAGACAUGCGAAAUGUUGAGGAUGAUAGGGCUCCAUACAGGAGGCCAUCAGUUAAAAAGCCAGCAAAUAAAGCUGCAGGGAUGGAAUCUAGAGAUGGCGAUCUUGAUUUGGAUCUUUCACAGCCUAGGGCUGGACAGUCAUCUUCCAGGCAACAUGCAUCAAGGCCAGAAGCAACACCUUUGGAUUUUGUGAUCCGCCCCCAAUCUAAAAUUGACCCUGAUGAAAUUAGAGCCCGAGCAAAACAAGGUUCACAAGACCAGCAUCGAAUGAAGAUGAAUAAGAAAUUGCAGCAGUUGAGGGCUCCAAAAAAGAAGCAGCUUCAGGCUACAAAACUGAGCGUGGAAGGUCGUGGUAUGGUCAAGUACUUUUAAAUGGGACCAAUACUGGAUGGUGGAUUUGUUUGUUGUACUGAAGAAGAUGGGGGAUGUCAUCAAAAUACAGUCUCCCCUUUACUGCCUUUGUUGUGUAAUGAAUUGGAAAUGUGAAGCCAUAGAAUAUUGGGCAAUUAUUAUUUACAUUUUUGUGUCUGUUAUUUCUUUUCGACUAUCAAAUAAUCAAGCUUUGGUUUGUCAACAAUGUAGUGAAAAUGUGGAUUUUGCAGACAUAAUUUGUUGAAGUAGAUUAUUUGAUCA